CAAACCACAAAUCACAGUUUGUUGUUUGCUCCCAAAAUAUAAGAUAAAUUUUAGCGCAUCCAAGUUAAAAUUGGGUAGUUUUGAUCUUUAAAUUCAUUCGAUUAAUUAAAAUUUCGCUGCAAGAGUGAGAUGGCGAUUGUUAGCAACAAUUUUGAACAAUGCAGCUUCUGUUCUGCUGUGUGCAACGAAGAAUUUGGUUAUACGCUGAUCCCUUCUCAUCACCAAGAGCAGCAGAUGAAAACUAUCCUGCAAAAUGUGUGCAGUGUCACUUCCCAGUUGAGUAGUUAUCCUAUAUGUGACAAAUGCCGGCAAGAGUUCAUAAUUGUUCACAAUCUUUCCGAGAGCUGCUUCCAUAUUCUGCCCAGCGCCGAACCGAAUGCCAUAAAGAUAGAGCCAGAGUUAAUUAUCGAUGACCCCGAAAUGUCGAAUAGUACUAACAUUUUUGAGACAGAUACAACAUCGGACUUUGCGCCAAUUCCACAGGAACCCGAAUUGCAAACCAAGAGAGAAAAAGAACAAACAUUGUUAAACUGUGAAAGAUGCGAUAAAACAUUUCGCUCAAAAUACGCACUCGAAGUGCACGUUCGAAAUCAUACAGGUGAACGUCCUUAUGCUUGUUCACAUUGCCCGAAAGCGUUCAAGAGUUCUUCAAUGCUUCGAAGUCACAUUCCAAUUCAUACUGAUAAACGUCCCUAUUCUUGUCCACUUUGUCCGAAGGCUUUUAAGCAUCGACCAACGCUAACAAGCUACAUUCGAACUCAUACGGACGAACGUCCCUAUUCGUGUCCACAUUGUCCGAAGGCGUUUAUAGGAAAUACAUCGCUCAAACUGCACAUUCGAACUCAUACGGGUGAACGUCCCCAUUCUUGUCCACAAUGCCCUAAGGCGUUUAGGCAACUUGUGGCGCUCAAACAACACAUUCGAAUUCACACGGGGGAACGUCCCUAUUCUUGUCCACAUUGUCCGAAGGCAUUUGUGCAGAAUAUAUCGCUCAAACAGCACAUUGGAACUCAUAUGGGUGAACGUCCCUUUUCCUGUCCACGUUGUCCAGAAACGUUUAAGAAUCGUAGAACGUUCCAAAAGCACAUUAAUCUUCAUAGUGGUGAACGUCCCUUUUCAUGUUUGUUUUGUUUCGAAACCUUCAUGCGCUCUACACUUCUUAGAAAACACCUGGAUACACACGAUAAUGAUACAGGCGGCUCGAGACAGGAAUCACUGGUGACCGCAAAGAAAGAGAUAAUGGAAUGUUGAUGAAUCCCUUUGUCAUUGGAAGCGAUUGUAAAAUAAAAUCAGUAACAGGAAUGUUUUCUGAAAUUUGACAAAAAGUUGUUCAACUAACAGCCGUGAGAAGGAUUAUUAGGUGAGCAGAUGGCAGAAUUUGCGAGCGUAGUGUGCGGGAUAACAUGCGCUACCAUAGCUACUUUUCACAUUGUGACGUCAAUAUUUGUGUUUACAUUCGAUUGCCUUCCAUAUCCAUGUGAAAACGCUUUUUGCGGCAAGUUUUUAUCAAUUGCAAACACUUUUUGUUGAGUUCCCACUGAAUAUGCGUAUAAUGUGACAGUGUGCAGUGGAUAUUUGGGAAAUGAUGUCGGAAAAGAUGA